CAGGUGCUGAAACAAGUGCAUCCAACUUUAUCAGCAAAAGAUGAUGCUUUGGAAUACGUAGAGAGUCUUAUUUUACGGUUGUUGGCCAUGCUUUGUGCCCACCCAGCGCCUCAUACUGUCCAGGAUGUUGAAGAAAGAGUACAGAGGACAUUUCCUAAUCCAAUUGACAGAUGGGCUAUUGGGGAUGCUCAAGCAGCUAUUGAAAAAGGCCGCAAAAAAUCACCGCUUGUAUUACCAGCGGAAAAAGCACAUCCUUUAUUACGAGAUGUACUACAAACCAAGAUAGACUAUCAAGUUACAUUGUAUAUAGUUGCUGUUUUAGAGUACAUUUCUGCAGAUAUAUUAAAAUUAGCGGGGAACUAUGUUAAAAACAUCAGACUUAUUGAAGUCACCCAACAAGACAUUAGAGUUGCCAUGUGUGCAGACAAGGUGCUUAUGGACAUGUUCCAGCAAGAUGAAGAUAACGAAAUGAGUGGAGUAGUAGAGGAACCCAAUCUUGACACAUCACUUACUUACGACGAACUUGUCAAGGAUUUGAUACAAGAAAAGAAAACGUAUAUUAGAGAACUCAACAUGAUUAUAAAAGUUUUUCGUGACAAACUACAGCAAAUACCAUCACUACAGCACAGUAGUAGUAGAGAGUUAGAAAAAAUAUUUUCAAAUAUAACAGAAAUCCACGAAUUCUCCGUUAAUCUGUUGGGUUCACUAGAAGACACAUUAGAAGUGACUGAUGGGAAUAAGUCUCCAGACAUUGGCAGCUGUUUUGAAGAAUUAGCAGAGGGUGCCGAGUUUGAUGUCUAUGGUAAAUAUGCAAGUGACGUCUUAAGACAAGAUUGUGCUGACAAUUUAAUGGAAGUUGUUAGCCGACCAGAUGUGAGUGAUGCCCUUACGAGUGCUGGACAUGGUUUCAAAGAAGCUGUCAAAUACUACUUGCCCAAGUUGCUGCUUGUACCUGUUUUUCACAUCUCCACCUUUUUCAAAUAUGUUGAGGUGUUAUUAAGUUUGACAGAAUCAGAAGAAGGAAGGGAUUCUCUAGAACAAGUUAAAGGACUCCUAUGGCCACUUCAAAGUCAGUUAGAACGUAACAUUCAAAACUCCCCUUAUGCUCAGUACCUUAAAAGAAAGUUGAAUGAAAUUAGCUUGCGGCAUGGCAGAUUAAGUAGACAACAAAUGUUACUGAAGAUGAAGGAACUACAAAAAUCUAUAGAAGGCUGGGAAGGCAAAGUAAUCACUCAGUGCUGUAAUGAAUUUGUAUUAGAAGGGGAUUUGCUUAAACUUGGUGCAACUGGAAAGAAGCAGACGGAGAGACAUGUAUUCCUCUUUGAUGGUCUUAUAGUUUUAUGCAAGAGCAAUAAUAGAAGAUUGUCAGUCAAUGGACAGAUUGGAGAAUACAAAUUUAAGGAGAAAUUUCUUACAAGAAUGGUAGAAAUACUGGACAGAGAAGACACAGAAGAAGUGAAACACUCUUUUGAGAUUAGACCGCGGGACCAGCCAAGUGUGGUGCUAAUUGCCAAAUCGGCAGAAGAAAAGAACACCUGGAUGGCUGCUCUUGUCAUGCUCAAUACUCGCAGUAUGUUAGAACGAACUUUAGACAGUAUAUUAUUAGACGAGGAAAAGCAGCAUCCACUAAGACUGCCAGACCCGUCGGUUUACCUGUUUGCCAUUGAAGAUUCAGAGUGUAAUAUAAUCAUCGAAGAAAAAGAAAACUCAGGAACCCCACUCAUCAAGGGAGCAACCCUACCAAAACUUGUGGAACGAUUAACAUACCAUAUGUAUGCUGAUCCAAUGUUUGUACGGACAUUUCUUACAACAUAUAGAAGCUUCUGUACACCAGCCGAAUUGCUAGAACUUCUAAUUCCGUUUGAUAUACCUGAGCCUGAACUCCCGUCAGUGAGUGAAGAAGAAACUGAAGAAGUAAAAAAUCAACAACUUUCUAUACAAAGAGAAAGCCUCAAGCGCUUCCGUAAAGAAUAUUCACAACCAGUCCAAUUCAGAGUAUUAAAUGUUCUGCGGCACUGGGUUGAUUACCAUUUCUACGAUUUUGAACGUGACAAGCAACUGUUAGAAAAUCUUACCAGUUUUUUAGACAAAGUUAAAGGGAAAUCUAUGCGGAAGUGGGUAGAAUCAAUUACUAAGAUUAUUCAAAGAAGGUGUAAUGAGGAGCAGAGAGAAAUCACUUUUAGUCAUAAUAGAUCACCUCCAUCUCCAAAAUGGCAUAUCCGUUUGGAAGAAAAGGAUUGGGAGAGCAUACUUCCUAUUGGUGCUGGAGGUACUUCCCCAAAUCCUGAUUAUGCAAAAGCAUUGUUAAUGCUCCAUCCCAUAGAAAUUGCUCGACAGCUCACGCUCUUAGAAUUUGAACUCUAUAGAGCAGUUAAGCCAUCAGAGCUUGUCGGCACACCAUGGACCAAAGAAAACAAAGAAAAACGCUCACCAAAUUUGCUCAAGCUAAUCCACCACACAAAUAAUGUGACGCACUGGUUUAUGCGGUGCAUUGUGGAUACGGACAAUUUUGAGGAGCGUUGGAAUGUGAUGAUGAGAAUAGUCGAAAUAAUGGUCAUGUUUCAUGACUUAAAUAAUUUUAGUGGAGUUUUUGAAGUGUCCAGUGCAUUAUUUUCUGCAGCUGUUCAUAGACUAGAGCUCACCAAAAUGGAAGUAAGAAAGCGUCUUCCACCUGCACAACUAAAAGUGUUUGAGGAAAUCUCUGAAUUAAGUCAAAACCACUGUAAAAAGUAUCAAGAAAAACUCCGUUCUAUCAAUCCCCCUUGUGUCCCUUUUUUUGGUAUGUACCUGACCAAUAUAUUGCACAUCGAAGAAGGAAACCCUGACUUCCUCCCAAAGGCUGCUGAGGGUUUAAUUAACUUUUCCAAGAGACGGAAAGUUGCAGAAAUCACAGGAGAAAUUCAGCAGUACCAAAAUCAACCAUACUGUUUAGAAGUAGAACCACGCAUUAGACAUUUCCUGGAGACACUUCAGCCGUUCGAGGGUCAGAACGAGCAUGAAAUAUCAAACUACCUGUACAAUCGCUCCAAGGAGAUCGAACCCAAAAAUUGUAAAAAGCCCCCCAUUAAAGAUCGAAAAUGGCCUGCUAGUUUUCUGAAAUCCCCCGGCAUCAAGCCUCGUAACAGCCGCACUGUGCCCAACCCCUUGCCUCAUAUGUUUGAACGAGAACGAGGUACCAAGAUGGUUGAAGGUGGUGAUGGAGAUGAUACUCCACAGAUGAUCACUCCCCCAACUCCUUCCACUCCUUGCACACCACCACAUACUGCUCAUGAUUCCAUUUUCGCACAAGUAGAAAUCAACCCAAGCGGUUCGUUAGGAAGUGCAAGUGGGUACCCUUUUUCCUCUGGGUUUCCUCCUGUGCUUCCAUCCUUGCCUCCAUCUGUAUCAGGUAAUCCUCACAUGCCUCCAGCUGCAGCAGCAAUAGUGCCAGCUCCUAUAGCAGUCAGUUCACCUCAGCCACCUCCUCCCUUGCCACCAAGGCGAAAAAGAGAACCAUCAAUAGGAGAAACCUCACCAAAGGUAAAACAAGCACCUGAUGCACCUGAACUUCCUCCCAGGGAUCAAUCCCCACCACCAAUACCACCACGAACUUCCACUCUACCACGAAUGCAUUCUUCAGGGGGUUUACAACAUGGCCCUACACAUCAUCAUGCUCCACCAGGACAUUCCCACCAUUCUGUCAACCUUCCCCAUCAUUUCCAAAAUCUUUAUUUACCAUACCAUCAGAGGACAAAUGCCCCUACAUUUAUACCACCACCACUACCCCAACAGUAUCAGUUGGACCCCCCUCCACACCGUCGCAACAACUCCAUGGACCUCUCAUCACCCACACCAAUGGCUCGAAGACACACAAAUGGACCUCAUGCAGGAUUGCCAGGAAGUAGUAUGAAUGACAGUCCAGCUGAACCAAAUGACCACCCACCAACUCCACCGCCCAGGCUUGCUUAUCGUCACACGUUUUCUUUCUCUUACGACCACCACCAGUCAUAGACUCUGCCCCAUGUGUGGGUUAUCUCAGCCAUGUAGUAGAAAUACAUCCUGGUCACUUAUUAGCUCUAUUAACUCCAGCUUUGUUGUGACUGCAAUACAUUUCAAUAAUUUAUUGUUUUAAUUCCUGUUUGAAUCACACUUUACAUUUUAAAAUUAAACUACUAUUUGAGAGGAAUGUUCCGAAAUGAAAAUUUAACUGUAUAUUUAAGUCAUUUAAAUUACACAUGAAAGUCUGGAUAAAUUUAUUACGUCUCUAUUCCAAAACUUGAGUAAAUCACCAUGUGGCAGUUAAUGCUAUCCCAUAUAUCAAUGUAAUUAAGAAAAUUAUAACAUCAGAAAAGGAGUGGAUUUUAAUCUGUUAAAACUCUACCUACACUAAAAUUAAGAGGCCUAUUGUAUGGAGUACUAAGAAGCAUCAAAUACAAAUAAAGUUAAAUAUUUAAUUUCUCUGGUAUUAGAUGUCAUCAGUCUGUUUAAUUUGGAUGGAAUAUUUGAGGAUAAUUUAGUAAUAAUGUACCUGUACAUUUGCUAGUUUUGACAUGGUUGCCCAUAUGUAAAUGCCAAUAAACACUUAAGUAUUUUUAUAAGAAAACCAUCAUACCUUAUCUAUGCAAGCAUUAUAUUUUAGCAAAGUCCACACAUUUUUGAUGUUGAUAUAGCAGUUCAAGGAAAAUUAUUAGUAACAUUUCAAUCAUUCAUCCUGAGCAUUAACCAAAAGCAUCACACUCCUAGUGAACAUUUCACUGUAACAUUGUCGAUUCAGAUUCAGGAUGAUAAUCAAUUUAAUUUUGCAUAAGUUUUACUUCACACCUCCCCAAUGAGUCUACUCCAGUUCUAAUUUAAAAUCAAUAAUCAAUAUCAGUGGCUUUGGCAAAUUAGCUUGAUAUAAUCAAAACCUAAAGAUGGGAUAGAAUCAUAUAUUUUUAUGUAAUUUUGAGAUAAUUUGCAAUUUUACGAUAAUUUUGCACAAUCAAGAAAGAUAUUCUCAAUUUGUAUAUUUUUUCAGCUAAAGUUUAGAAUAAUUAAUAUUCUUCUUCAACUUUUUCCUUUUCUAUUAUAAAUAUUUAUCAGACUUUAAAGCUAUUUAGUAGAAGACUAAGCUAAAGUGCCUAGUGUAUUGAGCAUUCCAACGAGCCAUUGCAUGUGAAUUACUCGUGCAUUUAAGUUGAUGUAUCCAACUGCUGUAGUUAUGGCAAGUGCCUAACAGUCACAAGGUGUGCAGCUUUUGUUUAUAUUAAUAGAUGUUUGCUGAUUCCUUGUAUAUGUAACUUAAGUGUUCAAUUUCAAUUUCUCAUCAUCUUGAAAUCUCUUUUUAAGAUGGUCUUUACUUCUUAUUACUCUACAUGGUCUGGAGAGCCUAACUGUACAGGGCCAAAGUAACUUGACACAUGACCUACAAGAGUUUUAUAUAACGUACCCCAAUGAAAAAGUCGUGGGAGAUAAAUCUCAGGACUUUGUAUGAAAAGUGGGUCAUCAGUCAGAAGUACUUUUACUUUUUAUUACAUAUACCUGAAUUGUGAUAAUAUGAAAUAAGAGAAAUGUUAAACUCGUUAGAAUAUUCAGGUGGGAGAUAGGUGAGUAAAUCAGUUUCCCCUCAAGGAAUAAUAUAUUUCAUCUAGUCAGGGCAAAUUGGCAGUGGGAGGCUAGUAAGGCUGGCUGUAGUGUUGGGGGAGUUUGGUGCUCGCCCAUCUUCAUAAUCAAUCAUUUGUUUAAUUUUUUCUCUGUUCAAUAUUUUUGUGGACUACCUGCCUCAACUUUGCACACUCAGUAUUACGCAGUUCUAAGUGCAGGCUCAUGGAGAAGAAAGAAAAUCUUACAUAACUAUAGUUUCUCUCCAAAGUUACUUGUACUUUAGAUCAGUCAAAAGUUGAUAAGCUUAUUAACUGAGGCAGCAAUGAAGGCAAGAGAUUAUAUCUGUGAUGUGUUUGGGGGCAGACUACAGGCAUUUAAGAAGACAGUCAUCCUGUGUGCAGUGACUGUUGUUUUGGGGCAAUCCAAGGAAAGUGAGUCAAGUGAAUCAUCACAUUGUUUAAUAAAAAAAAAAGUUUAGUUAAUUUUUAUGCUAAUUUUAAAUGUUCUAAUAAUAGGAAUUUUGCAAAGACCAGCUUUCAGAGCAGUCCUAAAGAGAAGGACUACACUGUAUUUCCCUGUCUUAAACUAAGAUCCUGAAGUAAGACAUGCAUUCCAGGUACAUGUGUAGUUGGUUCAUAGUUGGAUAGUGAAGUAAUGAUAUUUAUGGAAAAAUCCAUUAUUUGCUGGUCCAGGUCCCACAUUAACACAAGCCAAGCCAGGGUUGCCCCCAUAAAGCUUACAAUUCCAUGCUGUGUAAAGAUUCCUAUUUUAUCUUGUUACAAAAGACAGCGAAAUAGUUUGUAGCAAGAUUAUGUACAUAUUUAUAUAUUUGUUAACAAUAAGUCCUAUAAUAACAUCAAAUUAGUCAGAUAUAAA